AUGGGCUGUCUCUGGGGUCUGACUCUGCUUCUUUUCUUCUUCUGCUGGGAGGUUGGGGUCCCUGGGAGCUCUGCAGGCCCCAGCACCCGCAGAGCAGACACUGCGACGACAACAGACGACACAGAAGUGCCCGCUAUGACUCCAGCACCGGGUCACGCCGCUCUGGAAACUCAAACGCUGAGUGCUGAGACCUCUUCUAGGGCCGCAACCCCAGCCGGCCCCAUUCCAGAAGCAGAGCCCAGGGGAGCCAAGGGGAUUUCCCCUGCAAGAGAGACCAGGACUUUCACAAAAACACCUCCCGACUUCAUGGUGCUGAUUGCCACCUCUGUGGAGACAUCAGCCGCCAGUGGAAGCCCCGAGAGAGGCGGAAUGACCACAGUUCAGACCGUCACAGGCAGUGAUCCCGAGGAAGCCAUCUUUGACACCCUUUGCACCGAUGACAGCUCUGAAGAGGCAAAGACACUCGCAAUGGACAUAUUGACAUUGGCUCACACCUCCAAAGAAGCUAAGGGCCUGUCCUCAGACAGCAGCGCCUCUUCCGACGACCCCCAUCCGGUCAUCACCCCCUCACGGGCCUCAGAGAGCAGCGCCUCUUCCGACGGCCCCCAUCCGGUCAUCACCCCCUCAUGGUCCCCGGGAUCUGACGUCACUCUGCUCGCUGAAGCCCUGGUGACCGUCACCCACAUCGAGGUUAUCAAUUGCAGCAUCACAGAAAUAGAAACAACGACUUCCAGCAUCCCUGGGGCCUCAGACACAGAUCACAUCCCCACGGAAGGGGUGAAGGCCUCGCCCACGUCCCAUCCACCAGCUCUGCCUGACUCCACUGACGCAAAACCACACGUCACAGAGGCCACAGCCUCUCCCGAGACCCUGUCCACAGCCGGCACCGCAGAGUCAGCUGCACCUGAUGCCAUGGUUGGGACCCCACUCCCCACCAACAGUGCCACAGAAAGAGAAGUGACAGCACCCAGGGCCACAACCCUCAGUGGAGCUCUGGCCACAGUUAGCGGGAAUCCCCUGGAAGAAACCUCAGCCCUCUCUGUUGAGACACCAAGUUACGUCAGAGUCUCAGGAGCAGCUCCGGUCUCCAUAGAGGCUGGGUCAGCAGUGGACAAAACCACUUCCUUUGCUGGGAGCUCUGCUUCCUUCUACAGCCCCUCGGAAGCCGCCCUCGAGAACUUCACCCCUUCAGAGACACCCACCACGGGCAUCACGACCAAGGGGCCCUGCCCCACCAGCAGGGACGCUCUUCCUUCUGUCCCUCCGACUACAACCAGCAGGGACCCUCUUCCUUCUGUCCCUCCGACUACAACCAGCAGCAGCCAAGGGACGAACAGCUCCUUAGCCAAGACCACGACCUCAGCGAAAACCCCGAUGAAGCCCCCAACAGCCACGCCCACCACUGCUCGGACGAGGCCGACCGCAGACGGGAGUGCAGGUGAAAAUGGAGGCUUCCUUCUCCUGCGACUGAGUGUGGCCUCCCUGGAAGACCUCACUGACCCCAGAGUGGCAGAAAGGCUGAUGCAGCAGCUCCGCCGGGAACUCCAUGCCCACGUGCCUCGCCUCCAGGUCUCCUUACUGCGCGUCAGGAGAGGCUAA